UAAGAAAUAAGAUGGUUCACCGAAGCGUGUAACUUUUAGAUUCUAUUCCCACCCCAUUCUCAUCAUCAUUGGAUCUUGCUCGCUACUUUUCUCAUGGAGCAGCCCUUGCUCUCCAAUCCCAACAUCUCCACCACCCCAUGCGGUAGUUCUACAACCAACUCUCCUACAGCUGAAUCCUCCCCUGCUCCUUCCACCACCCUCACUGGCCUCGCCUUCGUCGUCAUCCUCGCAUCCCUCUCCGUCUGGGCAAACCUCGAAGCCGGCAAAGGCUUCGACAUAUCCAUCCUCAACGCCGCCCCCGCCGGCACUCUCGCUGCCCGGCGCUUCGAUCUCCUCUUCGUCUCCAACGGCCGGGCCGCCCGAAUUCUCCUGAAUGCCAGCGAAUCCGUGGAGCGCAUCCUCUACCCCAACGAACUGUACCCUCGCAAGCCGGUACGCAGCGUGACCCUCCGCCUCGCCAGCCACGACCUCAGCGAGGCCGUCACGCUUAGUCAUGGAGACGAUCCCCACCUUCCCGGUGACUUCGUGAUUCAUGUGAGCCCGAGUGUGAUCGCCGAGGCCGAUCCGGGGUCGGCGUUGGCCUCGGCGGUGCAACGGGCCAUGAGUCGCGUCUGGCUCUGGGACGGGGGCGGCGUGGCGCCCAAGUGGCUCGUGGACGCCAUGGUGGAGUACCUUAGCUCGUCGGCGGGGUUCGCCAGUGACGACGCCGUUCCACUCCGAUCCGGUGGUUCGUGCUGGGGAGAGGAGGACCCGGCUAGCGUUGCACGAUUUUUCAAGUACUGCGAGGAGAGGAGGCGUGGGUUCGUGGCGCGGUUGAAUCGAGCCAUGAGGAAGCACUGGAACGAGAUGAUGGUGGACGUAGCGUUGGGCUCAUCGUCUCAACGGCUGUGCUUGGCCUAUCUUACGAGGCCACGUCAGCGAGGGGAGGUCUCGGGCAGUACAAGGUCCGUGUUGGGACUGAGCCAGGCCAUGUGAAAAAUUGAUGGGGAGGGGUUUGAAAUCAUCCGUGUGGUGAUGGUAUGUGAGGGAAGGAUUGGGUCGGGCUUCCCGGGGGUCGGAAGUAUUAUUGGUAGGAGAUGGGGACCCCGGGAACCAGGAAGUCCAAUCAAUUACUUUAGCAGGUCUGCAUAUUUAUGGCCCUGUAAUGAAUGCGUUGGCUGCAUUGGAUGCAUGGUCCAACUUAUAUGGUCCCAUAGUGUUUUUUUUGGUAUUGUUGCUAGAUUCGUGGUUUAUGUCCUGUUGCGUUGUCUGAUGUUUAAUCUCUCAUUGUUCGCUAAAUAAGUAAUCCACUUGCCGGAAAGUGCAACAUAUGGUCAAGCACAUUAAGUGCAAAUAUUGUCAUUUGCUUUGCUAUAUUCUUCUUGUAGGUGAUCUAUCUGGAGCAAGUUAAUUCAGUUUUAA